AUGGCGGAGCGGCUGUCGGAGGAGAAAAUCGCGGAAUUCAAAGAAGCUUUUUCCCUCUUCGACCGCGACGGCGACGGCUGCAUCAGCAGCAAGGAGCUGGGCACGGUGAUGCGCUCGCUGGGCCAGAACCCCAGCGAGGCCGAGCUGCAGGACAUGGUGGGAGAGGUGGACGCCGACGGCAGCGGCACCAUCGACUUCCCCGAGUUCCUGUCGCUGAUGGCGAGGAAGAUGCGGGACACGGACAGCGAGGAGGAGAUCCGGGAGGCGUUCCGGGUGUUCGACAAGGACGGGAACGGCUACAUCAGCGCGGCCGAGCUGCGGCACGUCAUGACCAACCUGGGCGAGAAGCUGACGGACGAGGAGGUGGACGAGAUGAUCAAAGAGGCCGAUUGCAACAACGACGGGCAGGUCAACUACGAGGAGUUCGUCAGGAUGAUGACGGAGAAGUGAUGGCUGCAGCUCCAGGGAACAGAGGUUGUGGUGGUGGUUCUACCCCAGCCCCUCCAUCCCCUCCCACCUUCUCCAGGCUGGAAAAGUCUUCUGUGUUUGAUUUGCAGAUGGAUUUGGGGUCCCCGUGGGAUGUCUGGUGUCUGUAGAUAUUCCAGUGGCCACUGAAUAUUCCCUGACACCCCUGAGUCCAAUAAAAAACAUCCCCCCACAUCCUGGUGGCUGCUUCAUUCGGCUUCUCCUUGGGAUCCUUGCAAAAAAAACUUCCCUGAAAACCUGGUCAGGCUCAAACCUGAGCCAGCUCAUCUCCAUCCUCUUCCCAUUCCAUCCUCCUCCCAAAAAGCUGGAACGAUGCCAGAGACCAUCCCAGAUCUCAUCCCUUUGGGGAUC